UAAAGAUGCUUUGGUGUUCAGCAGCUGUUCAGAGUCCUCUCCUGAUUGCAGUGUCUGAGUUUGUCAGGUGAAAACCUGCCAGAGGUGGACUGUGGGGGUUAAAAUGGUUUCUUCACCUGUUGGGCUUGUACUGCUGCUGUUUUGCUUCUCCUGCUCCUUUGCUCUCAGCAACCUUUCUGAAUCUGAGCAGGAAAAAGAGAGGAUUGUAACACCUGAAAAAGGAGAGGAUGGAAAGCAGGCUUCUAUGCCUGAAGCUCAGCUUUUGCGUGCCUCAGCGGAUGAUUCCUCUAGGGAAGCAUCAAAGAAACUUCCAGAAUAUCUCACUGUUCCGGUUUCCAGAGAUCACAAAGAUGACCUGAAGCCUGCGAGGGGGGCUAGUAAAAUUCCCAGCUGGCUCCAGAAAGUGUUACUGGGUAUCCCUCCCACCCUUUCUAGUGGUGAAGGAGCAAGGAACAAACCGGAGCUGGUCGAAGUCCGGUGUCAUCUGGACAGAAUACUUGUGAGAAUCAGGAAGGAGGUCUUUAGCUCUCAGGAUGCAUACAAGCAUUUGUCACUAGGAAGCUGUCCUGUGAACGAAGCUGAUAAGGAUUACUACUACCUUCUGCACUCUCUGAAGACUGACUGUGGAUUCGAAGUGCAGAGUUUGGCAGAUUAUUUGUCCAUCAGUGUUUUCCUUCACUACAAGCCAACUGGUCCAGUUUUAAGGGAAAUGCCGUUUGAUAUUCCCCUGGAGUGUAAAUAUUAUAGGUUGUUUUACUCUUACAAAGUGGGCUUUCAUCCCAAACUGCAAGGAGGAACGGUGUACAAAGUACUCCAUCCAAACAGCAGUUUCACAAUUUCUCCUCUAGAUGCAUCAGGAAAUAAAAUCCACGGCCGUAAAGUCUACAACCUGGGGGAUCCAAUGCACUUUGAAGCUAGCGGACAUGACGAGGCAAGCCCCGAGGAGAAGAGGAUGUACAUUAAAAAGUGCUUUGUGACCGUUUCCCAAGACCCCUACUCGCAUCCGAGAUACACAGUCAUCAACAAUCAAGGCUGCAUGAUUGACAGCAAGAAAUCUGGACAAUCCAAAUUCCUCAGCGGUGACUCCAAGAUGGUCCAGAAAUUCAGCAUGGGUGCCUUUGUUUUCCAGGAGAGCGCUGCCACCGCUUCUGAACAGUUUUACUUGCACUGUGAGAUGAACGUAGGGCCAUCUACUCCAACUCCCAGUAGGAAGGCUUGCAAUUACGACCAUGCUGUCGGCAAGUGGAAGGAGCUCUAUGGAAAUGACUGUGUGUGCAACUGCUGUGACUCAACAUGCCCGCCAGCAGAACUGGAGGAAGCACCAAAGGAGAUCGUCUCCAGUCGCUCUUGGAAGGUUGACCGUGAAAGUAAAGUUGGCUCUGACAAGGCUGGCCGUCUACUGCGAUCUCCUGAAACGGCGACAGGGGAGGAACCCAGCAUGAAGAAGCAGACAUACUUUCAAGACUGCGAUGAAGACUAAAAUGUUAUAAUGAUCCGUUUUAAAUUUUGGACUCAUUUGUUGUGCAAUACGUCAAUGCUUUAAACUACAUCUAAAUAGAUUCUCAUGAAAAUGUUGAUUUUAUUUCUCUAAUUUCAUUCAUUCAGUUGAUAAGAGUGGUGUAUUUCAAGUGGUUCUUUCCUAAUAAUCUUAAUGAUUAAUGCAUACAGUAAAAGGAAAUACGAAAUUCUGCUUAUCAGGAAAUUACCCAAUACAUAAGAUCAUUAAAGAGGCCUUUCAAUAGAGAAACGUUAUGGCCUAUAUUAUUAUGGGUAGCCUGAGUUGACAGUAAUCCAGCAGACCAACACCAUCUACAGCACCAGAUAGCCACAAAAAGUCAUUGUUAAAGAAGCUAGCUGCUCAGAGGAUUGUAACCAAGCAUUUUAAUGCAAAGGGAAAAAAAAAAUCAGAAAAGUGCACAAAAAAUAGGGAUGAUAGGAGUCUGUAUUGUCUUUCCUAAUGACCGCUGGAGAUAGGCUCCAGCCCUCCUACAACCCUGCACUCAUAUAGAUGAUGGAUGGACUUGAUACCUACCCAUUCUACUCUGACCUAACUCCACAGAGAAUCUAUGCAGUCAUAUCAAAAGGAAAAGAGGAAGAUGAGGCAUCAGACCCAACAAUGCAGAGGAGGACACUUUUGAAGCAACCAGUGCUUCCUUAACUCGUCAGCAGAGCCACAAAUUGAUCGGCUCCAUGCUACGCAGCGUUGAUGCAAACAUUCAUGCAAAAGAAGCACAAACCAAGUAUUGGGUGGUUACACUGCACAGUACCAUACAUAGCCCCACAUUUGCCUGUUUUUUUUUUUUUUU